UUUUUUCCAUCAAUAUUGGGCUUAUUAAUGUUUGUUAAACCGAACUUAAAAAAUAUUUUUGGUUUUCUUAUUGGAAGCUUUUUCCUUUAUUUGUUUAUUCUGAUCUGGUUUGCCAAGGAUCCAUUCCCGCCUAUCGAUGUAGAACUUAGAGACCUUAUAAGUGCUUGCUACAGAAAUGGGUGGGAGUGCCAUUUCACGCAUCUAUUCGGAAAAUAAUAACGUCAAAAUGCACAUCUACGAAAAGCAGGAACGAAUGGAUGUUGGACGUGCUGAACUGCUGACUCGGGCUGAUCUUAUUUCAAAUGCUCUAAUGCUUGAACUUUUACGGCGCUUUCCACUACUUAAGGUUAUAUCUGAAGAAAAAUUUGCAAAAAUAAAUACUCGAGAGAUGGACAGGUAUCGUGCGGACAAUUAUGAGCUUUGGAUGGGUCUACGUGAAUUGAUUUCCAGCAUGCCGUCAUGGAGGAUUCCCUUAGGUCGAAUUGUAAUAUGGAUCGAUCCGCUCGAUGGCACUCAGGAAUUCACUGAAGGGUUAACCAAAUACGUGACUGUAAUGGCAUGUAUUACAAUUGACGGAAAACCUUUUGUUGGGGCAAUACACAGUCCUUUUAACAAUGAAACAAUUCUUGGAAUGGUGGAUCAUGGAGUUUUUAGCUCAAAAGAUGGAAAAUUGUUAAGGGGCAAUUAUCAUUCGAAAAAGCAGAAUCAUAAAGUGCUUAUUUCAAGGGUUGAUAAUCUUCCCUAUACAGUCGAACCGGCAGGCGGUACUGGUUACAAAACUUUGAGAUUAAUACGACAAACAGCUGAUUUAUAUGUUCACUCAACUUCAAUAAAAAAAUGGGAUAUUUGUGCCUGUGAUGCAAUUGCUAAAGCGGCUGGAGGUGCACUUCUAUCUUUGGUCGAUGGUCUUCCGAUUGAUUACUCAGUAAAACUCAAAAACAAUGUGAAUAUUGGUGAACGAAUAAAACUUGAUCAUAUACACAAAGGCGGCAUUUUGAUGGCUCUAGAUGCGCCAUAUUCUUUUUAUGAACGUUUUAAAAGAUUGCUUUAA